AAAGUGCUAUCCAGUGCAGCAAAAAUCCCCAGCAGAGGAUACGAUUAGUGCAGGCAACUCCACAGUUUGAGGUAUCCAGAGGCAGUUUCCAAGGACUCAAAUUUCCUGACAGCUUUACAGUCUGAGGAAGACUACAGUGAUUCUUUCACAGAGCCAAAAUAUUCACUGGAGAGAAAAAUGGAACAUGUGGACUGGGAUGUGACACGGCGUGAAACUGUCGAGGUGGGCGGGGUUCUUCUUACAAAGCAGACAUGUGACAUAUGGGACAAAAUAUGGGCUUUCCAAGCCAAGCCUGAUGACCUGCUCAUUGCAACCUACGCAAAGGCAGGUACGACAUGGACACAAGAGAUUGUAGACAUGAUUCAGUGUGAUGGAGAUAUCGAGAAAUGUAAACGUGCUUCCAUUCCAGACCGACAGCCUUUUAUUGAAAUGGUUACACGCAAAACAUUGCCUACUGGCCUGGAAAAAGCUGAAGCAAUGCCCUCACCAAGAACAUUGAAAACCCAUCUUCCAGUGCAGCUGGUGCCUCCAUCAUUUUGGGAGCAAAACUGUAAGAUGAUCUACGUGGCAAGAAAUGGUAAAGACAAUCUAGUGUCUUAUUAUCAUUUUCAUAGGAUGAAUCAAAUGAUGCCAGAGCCAGGCACAUGGGAGGAGUUUUUUGAGAAAUUCAUAGCUGGAAAAGUGCUCUGGGGCUCCUGGUAUGAUCAUGUAAAAGGAUGGUGGGAGGCAAAAAAACAUUACCACAUCCUCUAUCUUUUCUAUGAAGAUAUAAAGGAGAACCCAAGGCAUGAAAUCCAGAAGAUAAUGCAGUUCCUGGAGAAAGAACUGGAGAAGGAGGUUCUAGAUAAGAUCAUCCAUUACACGCAAUUUGAGGUCAUGAAAAAUAACCCGAUGGCCAACUAUACCUUUGUCCCUCCAGAAAUAAUGGACCAUACAAUCUCCCCAUUCAUGAGAAAAGGAACUGUUGGGGACUGGAAAAACUAUUUUACUGUGGCACAGAAUGAAAGAUUUGAUUCGGAAUACAAACAGAAGAUGGCAGGAACGUCUCUGACUUUCCGCGUGGAACUUUAAUUGAGACCAAUUGUUUAGUAUGCAUUUGCUGUUCUGAGCCAUCAAGACUCUUCUGACUUAUGGCACCAAGAGAUGGACACGAGCUGCAGUUUGGCAUGCUUCAACAGAUUGGGGCCACAGGUGUUGCAUGGGUACACUGGAUUCCCCACCCCGCCUCCUCACAUGGGCACCCACUCAGAGGA